CAUACGGUCACGCUGUAUUGAAUUGUGACAAGUUGACAGCCCCUGGCAAAAUUUCGACAAAUUGUGCAUGUAGAAAAUAAUCAAAGUUAUUUCACGCUCUAUUUAGAUAGUAUUUAAGCAGCGCGAGAUAAGUUAAUCAGUUAAAUCAUGGCACGCCGCACAAAUUUUAUCGACGGCAACGACAGUUUUCGCGAGCAGAAUCUACGUUUUGUUCGGAAUGAGUUUGAGGAUAAUAUGAACCAGUUCUUCGGGGGCGCUAAUCCAUCUGGCAAUACACAGCAGCAGCAGGCGCCACCGCGGGAUGCCUUAAUUGUGCAACCCACACCAGACGGCCAUGUGCUGGACACUCGCCGCCAGUUUCUGCGCCAAUUGGGCGCCAGUCCGAAAAUGGCACACGCCCUGGCCGUGCGCACCCUCGAGGUGCCUAAUUUUGAUCUGCUCCACUUCCAGCGGCGCCGCUAUCGCCUCAGCGCGGAGCUGGGCGACGGUCGUCAGCCCGAUGUGGAUGCCGUUGUGCUUCAGUCGAUCGGCACUCUGCUGGAGAAAUCCAAAGCGAAUCGAAACCAGAGCCGUCCACGCACACCAUCGCCGCCGCGCAACAUCAACUGGCACAACAGUCGCGACAUAUCGCCGCAGCAGAUUGAACGAUCGCGUCCACGCACACGCAAUGAUGAUGAUAAUAUUCGGGGCCGUCCGAGGGGCGCACCAGUUCCCAGGGAAAACCUUCCAACGGGCCCAAGGAACGAGGUAACAUCGCCAGGUCGUCGGGAUGAUUUCCCACCUGCUCCUAGAAUGAAUGUGCCACAAGGUCGCAGGAAUGAUGUACCACCCGGACGUAGAGAUGUUCCACAAGUUCGCAGAAAUGAUUCCCCUACUGGUCAAAGAAUGAAUGUGCCACAAGGUCACAGAAAUGAUGUGCCACCAGCACGCAGAGAUGCUCCAGCAGCACGUAGAAAUGAUGCUUCACCUGCUCCUAGAAUGAAUUUGCCAGAAGGUCGCAGUAAUGAUGCUCCACCAGGACGAAGAAAUAAUUCUCCAAGAAUGAAUUUGCCACAGAGUCGCAAAGCUGUUGUCUCACCAGGACGCAGCGAUGCAGUGCCACCUGCCAAUGUACCACAAGGUCGCAGAAAUGAUGCUCCACCAGGACGCAGAGAUGCCUUUCCACCUGGUCCCAAAGCGAAUGUUCCACCAGCACGCCGGAAUGAUCGCAUCAAUGCGUCUCCAGCCGCUGCCAGAAAGAAUUUAGGACGCAAGGAUGCUGUUCCUUCGGGUCCCAGAGAGAAUGUACCAUUGGGUGGCAGAGCACCGGCUGCUCCACCAGGUCCCAGGGCAGCAAUCCCAACAGCCUCCGUGGCCGCAGUACCAAAUCGUGGGAAACCGAUUGUCGCUGCUGCUGCAGGUCCUAGAAAACCCGUUCCGCCUGCUCGCUUGGAACCAUUUCCAGCAGUAGGCCGUACGCAGGCUGGUCCACAACAUCCUAGUGAGGUCGCACCAGCAGUGCGCGGGAAGCCUGGUCCGCCAAUGCGCGGAAAGCCAGGCCGCGGGAAGCCUGGUGCAGCCGGUCCAGGACGUGGCCCCCCAAAUCAAGGGAAACCUUCUGGUCCACUCAUUCGCGGAAAACCUGGCCCACCUGAUCGCAGAAACAACAUUCAAGGUCCAGGCCGUGAGGAAGCUGUUCCUCCAGGUCGCAGACCAGCCGUUCGCCGAGACAAUAGUCAAGGAUUUGUCGAACAUGAGCGCAGUCCUCCGCGCUUCGGUGGCGCUCGCAAUGAUUCCUACCCGAACAAUCGCCCAGAUCGUUACCCAAAUAAUCGUAAUGAGAACUUUGAGAUGAAUAAUCGUGGCAUGGAUGAAGAAUUUUGCGAUCAGCGAGACUUUAAUGAUCCACGCUUCAACCACGCGCAACGUGGACCUGGGCCUGAUGACUUUUUGGUCAACCAACGUCAGAACAUCGAACACGGCGACGACGACGACGACGACGACGACUUUCAGCGCCAGCAGCAGCAUGGCUUUGAUCGUCCACAGCCGCCAGCACCUUUUAUGGGCCAUCCAAACACCGAAUUGUUCGAUUCAGAGCCCAACUUUGGGCGACAGCAACAGCAGUCAAGAAACAUGGGGGGACGCCCCCAAAUUGGGAACAAUUACCAGCGCAUCUUCCACAACGAUCAAGUAACUAUUCUACGUACGGACUUGUUGGAUCGCAAUGUACGCCAUUUCGAUCGUAAUCAGGAUAACUUUGGUCCCAAUGAUCGCGACUUUGAGGGCAACUUUCGUGAUCGGGAGCCACGCUUCAACGAUGACAGAGAUGGGCGGCAGUUUAUGGAUGAAGAACGCUUUCGCGGGCAGCAGCAGGUGGACAACUUUGGGGAGCAGAGCCAAAACUGGCGCUUCAACAACCGCGAUAUGGAUCGACAUGAUAAUUUUGAUAACAGCUUAGAGCGCAACGAUCCGCACAACAGAGAUGUUCGCUUCAAUUUGAACAACGAACCGAACGACAGAGAUCUUCGUUUCAAUUUAAGCAACGAUGAUCAUGAUGCAUACAGACGCGAACGCAAUGAUCGCAACGAUCAAGGCUUCAUUGACGACAAUUGUCGUGAUCGGAUGAUGUUUAAUGACUCUGGACCUGGACCCUAUCAAUCCAAUCAACAUCGGUUCAGUGGCGGCGAUCAUCGCUUUGAGAACGAUCGUGACUUCGAUAGGCAGCAGCUGGAGUUUGAUGGAAAUUUCAAUCAAUCGAACAACCAACAAGAGUUUGACACUUUCCCCAACGAUUUCCAACCGAAUCAAUAUCAAGACAACUUUGAUCUUGAUUUUCAAGGUAGAGGAGAUCACCGCUCGUUGGAUCGUGGCUAUGGUUACCGCAAGACAAAUGCUCUUAAUCAAGAACGUAAUACUGCCAGGAAUAUAAAUCCGGGUGGGUCGAAUCAAGCUCGACAGGGUCCACGGAAUGUCAAUGCCAUUGGUCCCAAUCAAAACCGAACAAAUGCAGCUGCAGAUCGUGCGGGAAAUGCACCAAGAAAUCCCAAUCCAGCAGCCAGGGCCUCUGGUCCGAAUCCAUCAACAAUACCAGCCAAGGGUGACAAGAACACUUCUGCUGCCAAUCCUGUUGCCUCAGCCGCCAAUCAAGUGGCAAGCACUUCAAUGCAGACCAGGAUAAUGUCGGUCAAGCCGCCAGAGGCAAACCCUCGUGCUGGGCAAAAGCGAGUCGCUGGCGAUGCACCCCAGCCAACAGUUGGGGUCGAGACCAAGCGACGCAAAACUAUCAAGGGUAAAUGCUUCAAAAUCGGCGGCAAAAAGUUGCCCUAUGUGGUGAACUAUGAAAAGUUGCCGCAGCCCGAGGAGGAGUCCUAUGCCGUUACCUUCUUCGAGCAAAUACCCAACUACAAUACGAAUGUCUUUGCCAACGAGGAUGGCAUUGUUGUGGAGGAGCCCGACAGUGGUGAUGAUAGUUCAGACAGCGAAGUGGAGCUGCUCGAAACCACAAAGGGGUCGGGCAGGCAUUUUUCUAAAUCAAAAACCCAAAAGCGCUUGCGCACUGAAUGGACAGUUCUGUAUCGCAAAAGUAACUACAAGGACUGGCACAAUUGGUGGACGGAUUACAAGUGGUGUGGCCACGAGAUCAACAAGGUGCUGGAGAAGUUCGACAAUCGGAAUCUGCAGAAUCGCUUUUUGCCACUCUACAAUAACAAAACCACUGAAGAAGUGAUUAACAGGGUCCUUCGAUUGGGCAACCUCGGAUUAGAAAAGAAUACAUUCCUUGUGCAACGCAAUAUGCGGGCCAUCUUCAUGCUGAUGAACGAAACUUUCCUGGCCAAUCUGCAAAUUAAACAUAUUGAGCAGCUGGAGAAAUUGAUACGGCGUGUGCCCAACCAUUUGUGGCUGUACAAGCUUCGUAGCAUGGUCUAUUUGUGGGCGAAAUACCAACAAAUCCUGAAGGAACAACCAAAAAAUAUAAGCAAAUCCUGCCUCAAUGGAUAUGCCAAAAAAUGGAAGACACCCAUGUUCCACUGGUUGGCCAAGCAGGCGUUUGAUGAGCUUAAGGCAAUCAGUGAAAUCUCUUGGCCGGAUCACAACAAAUUCUAUCCGGGAAUAAAGAAACCCAUUAAAAAAUAAAUGACGCGUAGAAAUUCCAUAAUUUAAAAUGCGCAAACAUUUUCUAUAAACUUUAAGCAUUGAAUUGUAAAUUGAACUAGAAUAAAAUAAAACAAUUUCCCUCUA